GUGUGCGGAGCCGCUGGAGGAGGGAGCGGGAGGAGCCGCCGCGGCCUGAGGGGCCUCCCCGGUACCGCCGCUCCGCUGCCGCCCGGCCCUCUCCGCGGGAGCCGCGCUCCGCCGCUGCCCCGGUCCAGCGGCGGGUGGCCUUGCCCAGCUCCGGCACCCUCCGUCUCCCCCGGUGCCUCCCCUCGCGGUGAUCCCCGUGUCGUACCUCAGCAUCCCCCCCUCAGGCUUGUGACAUGGCCACAGAUGUCGCUGAGCCUGUGGUCCCUGACUGCAGAGGAGACGUGAGGAGCGGUGCCAGGUCAGAUGCUGACUAUCCUCUUCGGGUUCUCUACUGCGGAGUUUGUUCGUUGCCAACAGAGUACUGCGAAUACAUGCCUGAUGUGACUAAAUGCAGACAAUGGUUAGAAAAGAAUUUUCCAGAUGAGUUUGCAAAACUUACAGUAGAAAACUCGCCUAAACAGGAAACUGGGACUGGAGAAGGCCAAGGAACUGCAGGGGGAGGAGAAGAAGAAGAGAAGAAGAAGCAAAAGAGAGGUGGAAGAGGUCAGAUAAAACAGAAAAAGAAGACUGUACCACAGAAAGUUACAAUAGCUAAAAUUCCCAGAGCAAAAAAGAAAUACGUCACAAGAGUAUGUGGCCUUGCAACGUUUGAAAUUGACCUUAAGGAAGCACAAAGGUUUUUUGCUCAGAAAUUUUCCUGUGGUGCCUCAGUAACAGGAGAAGAUGAAAUCAUCAUUCAGGGGGAUUUUACAGACGACAUUAUCGAUGUCAUCCAGGAGAAGUGGCCUGAGGUGGAUGAUGAUAGCAUUGAAGAUCUUGGAGAAGUCAAGAAGUGAUGGUGAAAGAUUACCUUUAUUUAAUCAUAUGGUUAUAAACGACGUAGCCAAAGUGAGGCUUCUACAUCCAUUUGCUCCACAGUUAAACUGUGGAGAAUCCGUAUCCUUGGCGUUUUCACUGUUCUGUAUAGGCUGCUUGGUUUUUUUGUUGUGAUAUUUGCCAAAGUUAAAUUGGGGUUCUAUCAUGCUUAUGCAUGAAGUAGAUUUAAAUAAAAUUACUGUUCCUCACUGAAUACAA